UGGUGAUACUGCGGUGGCCUCAAAAGCUCUGAAGACUGAAUUACAAAAGAAACCUGCGGGUUCUUCAAAAUCCAAGAAACCCUCUGUCCCUAAAGACGUCAAACCAACUGAUUCUAAUGAGAAAACAGUUGCCGCGGAAAAGGAUGUGAAAAAGCCACGAAAGCCUGAACGUCUUUCAUUUAAGCAGCGUCUGCGCGCUCGCAAGAUAAAGACGGAGGCCCAGAAAAAGGUUGAACGUCGUCGGAAAUACUUAAGACUUAAAAAAAUAUGUAUUAAGCGUGCCAAAAAGUAUUUACUUGAAUACAAACGCGCCGAAAAGCGUGAGAUUAACUUGCGGCGCAAUGCCGAAAGGUUUGGCAAUUUCUAUGUCCCCGCUGAGCCUCGUUUGGCCUUUGCCGUAAGGAUCCGUGGUAUAAACGGAAUUCACCCAAAGCCCAGGAAGACGCUUCAGUUAAUGCGUUUGCGUCAGAUUAACAACGGCGUGUUUGUUCGCUUGAAUAAGGCCACGCUUAACAUGCUUCGUCUAAUCGAUCCCUAUAUUGCAUGGGGAUAUCCUACACUUAAAACCAUUAGACGUUUGGUUUACAAGCGCGGCUUCUGUAAAGUUCGAGGCCAAAGACUUCCGCUCACCAACGCUCGCAUCCAGCACCGUCUUGGACGCUUUGGCAUUUUGUGCGUGGAGGAUCUCGUUCACGAAAUCUAUACCGUCGGUCCCCAUUUCAAGCAGGCGUCAUCAUUCCUCUGGCGUUUCAAAUUGAAUAACCCCACCGGUGGAUUCCGCAAGAAGGGCAGGCACUUUGUCGAAGGUGGAGAUUUCGGAAACCGCGAAAAUUACAUCAACAAAUUGUUGAAGACCAUGAUAUAA